CGCCUCAGCCUGCCUGCCUCCAGGAAGUGGUCAGUCUUCGAAGUGCUUUUCGGUUUGGACUGUUUUUGUUCCUAAACAAAGUGCGAGUCAUUUCCCGUGGGCUGGUAAAGUAACUUAGGUUGAAGCAAUUUAUCGUUUUGUUGCCAUUCACGUCACUUAUAUUUGAUUAAAAUAUUUAGGAAUCUAUAAGAGAUGGGACCCGGAUAACGAGAAUAUUCUAGAAACACCAAGAGUACGGGGUUUCGAUUGCGGGAAGGGGUGAGCAGAGGCCCGCGGCGGUCAAGGAGCUUAGGAAGGGCUGAAGAAGUACGGACUCGCCGGCCAUUGUGCACAAAGACGGGGAGACGACACUCUAAAUUAUACAUGUUUUGACCUCUGAUUCUGUUCCGGGAGAUUUCUGACCUGUAUCAUCGCCAAGAUAGCUGGACCGGGUAGAAAGCGGCACACCCCAGAACCAGACCCCAGCAGCAGCGGCAGCAGUGACGCUGGGGACGGGCGGCCCGUGAGCGCCAAGCGCCUGAAGAUGGCCAGCAGCAGUGAGUCAGGUCGGCGUAAUGGGGGUCAGCGCAGCGCAGAUGACAGCAGCAGCAAGAAGAAGCAGAAGGACAGGGCCAACCAGGAGAGCAGGGAGGCCAAGCGAGCAGCAGCAGGGGCCAAUGCAGAGCACAAGAAAGAUGUGUUUGUGGACUGGAAGCAGAAUGCUAAUGAGGUGAUCGCGAGGCUGCGCUGUGGAGACGGGGUGCAGAGGGUGGAGGACGUCACCACUACCUUCACCGACACAGACUGUCAUGCCCGCUUCCCAGAUGGGCGCCAGUGGGACUGUCAUCUGCAUGAGGAGAUUGAGGGCUCCUGCAGCAAAGUACAGUACAAAGAGAAGAGUGGCUUCCUCCUGCUGGUUAUGCACAAGAAGAUCCCCUUCCACUCCUGGCCUUCCCUUAUGCAAAAUAAAAAGGAGAAGCAGCCUGUGAAAGUGGAGGCCAAGAACGGUAAAGACCAGAAACAGUCGCCUCUGGUAAAGCCUGAGAAGUCUGUCCUAGAGACGGCAGACAUGGCUGAACUGUCCACCCAGACGUCUGCUCCACCGGCACAGUGUGAACAGAGGCGUGGCAAAGCAGAGCGAGGUGUCAAAUGCAUCAUGAACUACAAACCAGCCGACAGGCCAGAGUCUGUGGUGAAGGAUGGAGGAGAGGGGCAGACAAAGCCGGUCAAUGUCAGUAAAGGGGACCUGCCUCAGGAGCCCAGUGCCAAGCGCCCCGUCCAUCCCCCCAAGGUCUCCACGGACCCCACCUCAGAGAUGCCCAGGGACACACACUCCAAGUCCACAGCCAAUGGGAAACCACAUAGCCCCACUGGCCGGGACCUCCAGACGUCUACAGCUGGUGACAAUCGAGCUGAGCUGCUAGGCAAUGGCCAUGAGGGUACAACACCUGAGGUAGCCGUCAGCCACACGCAGCAGGAGUUGAAAGUUCAGACUGAGGACAAGAAGGCCCCAGAGUCUGAUUUCAAGGCUGGUGCCGAAGAGGUGAUCAUACCGGCAGCCACUGUGUCCAGUGCUGAGAUCAGCCCCAAGGCUGGAGCCUCCAGCAUCAGAACAGAGAGGCCAGGGGAGGCCGAGAGGACUGAUUCUGAGACGCUAGUGAGACAGCCUCCGAAUGAGGCUGACCAGGCCACUGAGUCUCUAACACCAACCAAUCGGUCAGGAUCAGGGAAUCCUGUGACUGCAACAGACACCAAGCAGGCUGAGUCCUCCAGCAGCAGCAGCAGCAGCAGGACUCAGGAGGAGAAGAGGGACCGGUCUAAGGAGGAACCUCUGGAGAUGAAGCAGGAGGAAGUUCCAGAGCCAAUGGUGAACCUGAAGUUGUUGAAGAACGACUCGUACGAGAAAGGGACAGACCUGAUGGUGGUCAACGUGUACAUGAAGGGUAUCUUCAGAGAGACAGCCAGGGUGAUCUUCAGAGAACAGGACUUCACACUCAUCUUCCAGACCAGCGAUGUAAAUUUCUUGCGUCUUCAUGCGGACUGCGGAGCGAACACCAUCUUUAAGUGGCAAGUCAAACUCCGGAACCUCAUCCAGCCUGAGCAGUCCACGUAUGCCUUCACCCCAUCCCGUUUAGACAUCACCCUGAAGAAGAGGCACAGCCAGCGCUGGGGGGGCCUGGAGGCCCCUGCUACACAAGGUGCAGUGGGUGGCGCCAAGGUUGCUGUGCCCUCCGCACCGUCCUCUCAGGCCAGUCAGCCGGGAAGCAGCAAGCACUCCCUCUCUGCCAAGGAGGAGCCACCCUGGGUGGGGGAGGGGAAACCCAAGCCCCCUCGGACAGUGGACGGAUGCCUGGACAGUGUGUCAUCCCGCACCGUCUCAGACCAUGUCCCCAUCAAACAGGAGCCUGCAGUCACGCCCAAGCCCACCUGUAUGGUCCAGCCCAUGACCCACGCACCUCCUGCCGGCAGCCAGCACAGCCAGCGCAGCGUUGAGGAGGAAGAGGAGGAGGAGGAGGAGAAGGUGUGUCUGCCAGGCUUCACAGGCCUGGUCAACCUGGGCAACACAUGCUUUAUGAACAGUGUCAUCCAGUCUCUUUCCAACACCCGGGAACUCAGGGACUACUUUCAUGACCGGGCGUUUGAGAAUGAGAUCAACUGUAAGAACCCGUUGGGGACGGGUGGUCGGCUGGCCAUCGGGUUCGCUGUGCUGCUCCGGGCUUUGUGGAAGGGUACCCACCAUGCCUUUCAGCCCUCUAAGUUAAAGGCGAUCGUGGCCAGUAAGGCCAGUCAGUUUACAGGCUAUGCCCAGCACGAUGCCCAGGAGUUCAUGGCCUUCCUCCUGGAUGGGCUCCACGAGGACCUGAACCGCAUCCAGAACAAGCCCUACACAGAGACCGUGGACUCAGACGGACGGCUGGACGAGGUGGGUGAAAUAAAGGUGGUGGCAGAUGAGGCGUGGCAGAGGCACAAGAUGAGAAACGACUCGUUCAUCGUAGACCUCUUCCAGGGCCAGUACAAAUCCAAGCUCGUCUGCCCAGUGUGCUCCAAGGUUUCCAUAACCUUUGACCCCUUCCUCUACCUUCCCGUGCCCUUGCCCCAGAAGCAGAAGGUCCUCACAGUGUUCUACUUUGCUAAAGAGCCUCACAAGAAACCCAUGAAGUUCCUGGUGAGUGUGAGUAAAGAGAACUCGAGCACAGCCGAGGUCCUGGAGUCCAUCUCUCGGAGUGUGAGGAUCAAGGCAGAGAACCUGAGAUUGGCUGAGGUAGUGAAGAGUCGCUUCCAUCGAAUCUUCCUCCCAUCCAACUCCCUGGACACGCUCUCCUCCUCAGACAUGCUCUUCUGCUUCGAAGUGCUGUCUAAGGAGCUGGCCAAGGAGAGGGUGGUGGUGCUCCAAGUCCAGCAGAGGCCUCAGGUCCCCAGUAUUCCCAUCUCGAAGUGUGCUGCCUGCCUGAAGCCUCCUCUCUCGGAUGAAGAGAAACUGAAGCGAUGCACCCGCUGCUACCGCGUGGGUUACUGCAACCAGGUUUGCCAGAAAAAACAUUGGUCCAGCCACAAGGUUCUGUGUGGGCCCAACAUAGAGAACGUGGGGCUUCCCUUCCUGGUCAGCGUCCCUGAGUCCAGACUCACCUAUGCCCGGCUGUCCCAGCUGCUGGAAGGAUACUCAAGGUAUUCAGUGAACGUGUUCCAGCCUCCCUUCCAGUCUGGCAGGACGUCUCCAGAGGUCACCCAGUGCCUGGCUGACCUUCCCCCUCCAGCAGAGACCCCUGAAAGUGUGGGGUCAGGGGAUACGGCCAGGGGCGGUGGGGCAGGGGACUCGGAGCAGGAGGGCUCCUCUCUGGUUCCUGAGGCUCCACUAGAGACAGCCCAGGCCUCAGCACAUCCAGCCGGAGACCCAGACGCCCUCUCCACCCACACCACAGACUCAGGUUUCAUUGAGGCGUCCUCUGACUCCCAGGGAGAGAAGGAGACCUCCUGUGAGAAGGCUGUCAGACCAGAAGGUAAAGCUGCUGUGACCGGCUACCAGCAACCAUCAGAGUCUGCGUCCAGCCACACCUCUCAGUUCUACAUCACCGUCCUCCACUCCAACAGCAAGGAGCAGACACUGGAGGAAAAGGAAGAGGCCGUUCUGGACCUCCCUGAGGACUCCAGCCUGGAGCUGGUGUGGAAGAACAACGAGCGUCUCAAGGAGUACGUCCUGGUUCGGUCCAAGGAGCUGGAAUUUGAAGAGGACCCUGGGUCGGUCAACGAGACAGCCAGGGCUGGACACUUCACCCUGGAGCAGUGCCUCAACCUCUUCACUAGGCCUGAGGUGCUGGCACCAGAGGAGGCAUGGUACUGUCCAAAGUGCCAGCAGCACAGAGAGGCCUCCAAGCAGCUGCUGCUAUGGCGUCUGCCCAACGUCCUCAUCAUCCAGCUCAAACGCUUCUCCUUCCGCAGCUUCAUCUGGAGGGACAAGAUCAAUGACAUGGUCGACUUCCCCGUCAGGAACCUGGACCUCAGUAAGUUCUGUAUUGGUCAGAAGGAUGACAUGCAGCAGCCGCCCAUCUAUGACCUCUAUGCAGUCAUCAAUCACUACGGGGGCAUGAUCGGAGGUCACUACACUGCCUACGCACGCCUGCCCAGCGCCCAGAACAGCCAGCGCAGUGAUGUUGGCUGGCGUCUUUUUGAUGACAGUACGGUGACUAUGGUGGAGGAGAGCCAGGUGGUGACACGCUAUGCCUACGUGCUGUUCUACCGCCGCCGCAACUCCCCUGUGGAACGACCACCUCGCUUACUGGGGGCCGAGUCCCCCACCUCUGCAGGAGCCAGCGCCAGCCAGGCAUCUCUGAUAUGGCAGGAACUGGAGCAGGAAGAGGAGGGUGUUGAAGAGGGCCCCCGGGGCCUGUUCCGUCCCAGGCUGGGGAGGAGAAGAGCAGCCAGGAGGGAGGAUGGGGUGGAGGGGCAGGUGUGGCGGCUGCUGCGCCAAAGGAUCCCGCAUUAUUCUGAUGACGACUGUGUCCGAUAUUUUGUCCUGGGUACCUUGGCUGCUCUACUAGCGUUGUUAGUGAACCUACUGUACAGAGCCAACUGGGGCUAAGCGGCCAGUAUCACACCCCACACAUACACGCUUGUAUACUAAAGCAAUAAUGCACGAGAGGGUGUGGUAUAUGGCCAAUAUACCACGGCUAAGGGAUGUUCUAAUGCACGACACAAUGCGGAGUUCCUGGACCACAGCCCUUAGCCGUGGUAUAUUGGCCAUAUACCACAAACCACCGAGGCACCUUAUUGCUAUUAUAAACUGGUUACUGAAGUAAUUAGAGCAGUAAGAAUACAUGUUUUGUCAUAUCCGUGGUAUAUGGUCUGAUAUACCACGGCUGUCAGCCAAUCAGCAUUCAGGACUCGAGCCAACCAGUUUAUAAAUAGGCUUAUAUACCAAAAAAAUGUAAAGUCUAAUGAAAUAUCCAUGCCAAUACGAAAACAUUUUGUUUUGUAGAUGGCCUAUAAAUCAAUAUGCUGCUGAACACAUUCAAAAUGUUAACUAAAUUAUACACUGCAUAUCUGUUAAUCAAGUCCAAUAGCAUCUACUAGUAACUUGGCUCAGCAAGGCUUGGCCUUCUUAUUUACUGCAGUCCAUAAUGUAUGUCCCUAUAAGAUACGUUAAAUUCUAGUUCAAACCUACUUCAGCCUUUUAUGUGUCCAUGCCAAGUGUCUCUCUCUCUCUCUCAUGUAGGUUUUCAGUACAAAAAUCUGAAAUGCGUGUUUCGUAAUGGUUAGUCCUAUGUUUUUGCACAAGAGAUGCUGCGGAGAGGACUUGAACUAGGGUAUAGGGUUUAAGUCCUACUGUGAUAGUGUUGAGUGGGUGAGGGAAUAAGAUAUUGUAAUCCUUUAGCUCCAUCCCAGGGUGGUAUGAUGGGCUCCGCCUUGCUUUGUGCAGUCAUGACUUUGUACUGUAACCUGAAGACAGCUAAAAUGUGUGUUUUGCUUUAAUGAAUACAGAGUGUUUUAGACUCACUGUAAGCUAGUAUGUGCCUUCUGCUUGUUUGUCACACUGCUGAUUUAUUUUAGAUUUUAUGUUGUCAAUGGUAAGCUCUUAAUUCAGCGGUUGUAUUGUUUUCUGUCCACUAGGGUUGGGCUCAAUUCGAAUUGGAGGCUGUUAAUUCAGGAAGUGAUUUGAAUUUAAAAUUCAGACAUGUAUUUUUACAUUAUUUUUCGAAAUAGAUAACUUUAACUUUUCAGUUUAUUGAGAAGUCAUUGAAAAUAAAUGCAAUUUUUUUUCUUCAGGUUAUUGCAUUGUAGGUUUUGUUUACUUCCUUCCUGUUUACUUCCUGAAUUGUGACUGCCUUAUGUUCGAAUUGAGCCCAACCCUGCUGUUCAUACGUUUUCCUUAUCCUUGUCAGACUUCAUGAAAGCCACUUGUUUAACCUUUUUAAAUGUGCUUCUUUUUUUGGGGGUGAAAUAGCUAGAUAUGUCAGAGCUUUACGACUGUUUGUGCAAAAUAAUACGUGCGCUGAUGUACAGUAUGAAGCUGAAGCUUAGUAGUGACGUCAACUCAUUAGGUGGACGGCAUCAGCUUUCUAUCAAUGAAAAUUGCUACACUUAAUGAUUAUCUGUGUUGCUGGUAUAUGGACUAACCUUCUGUAACAGUGUUGUAGUAAUAUGUUCAAGUCUCAGGGAUAUCACACUGCACUCUGUCAUGCCUCUCCAGCUGUAGAUGGGCUUGGUAAAUUCACCAUCUGCUAUCAAUGCCCAGUAUGUCUCAGCGGUUUAUCCAGUGGUUUGCCUCAGUGAAAUGUCGACACAAGGAAAUGUGAAUAAUCUAGGCUCCCUACAGAUGGCAAAGAUUCCCUAUGGUUGUGGGUGUAAAGUGAAAGUUACUGAUGUAAGGAAGUGUAUAUUUUAUAGCAGAAAUAUUUACUAGAUUGCUGUAUAGAAAUUGUACAAUUUUAAAUGUGAUCUUAAUAGUCACUAUUAUUUAAAGAAAGUGGGACAUUUCCUAGCAAUAAUGUGUACAGGUCCUUCCAUCUUAAUGCUGCCCCAAUAAACCAACACUUGUACUACUUUUCAAAAUAAAAUGUCAACCUUUA